AGAAGUAGCACAACUAGCUACCCCCGCCCCGAUCGUUCCUGUUUCUGAGCCAUUACCAUGGCUCAGAUUUCCGUCAUCUUUACUCAGUUCUUCCCGCCAAAGUCGGGCUUCACCGAGAAGGACGCCCCUGAUCUCGGCGGAAAGGUCUACAUCAUCACAAGCUCCAACACAGGCAUUGGCAAGGCCCUCGCAGGGCUCCUCUACUCGCGCAAUGCGACGGUGCACGUCGCGACGCGCUCCGAGGAGAAGGCCAACGCGGCCAUCAACGAACUCUGUGCGGCCUCGCUGUCGUCUACAGGGUCUCUGACCUUCCUUCACUUCGACCUGGCCGACCUCGGCGGCAUCAAGUCCUCAGUCGACUUUUUCCUCGCGUGCGAGACCAAGCUGCACGUGCUGUUGAACAACGCGGCUGUGAUGAACGUGGCGCCGGGCCAGGAGAAGGCGACGACGGCGCAGGCCUACGAGGUGCACAUGGGCGUCAACUGCCUCGGGCUCUCCCUGGUGACUAAGCUGCUCAACCCCGUGCUCAAGGCCACGGCAGCUAGGCCCAAGUCGGCGCCGGGAUCCGUGCGCGCGGUGUGGGCGUCGACGACGGUCGACCUCGCGGGUGAGAAGGACGUCGGCUUCAACCUGAACAACCUUGACUACAAAAAGAAGGACAAGCCGGCUAUUGUCCGGUACGGGUAUAGUGAAGUUGGGAAUUACUUCCAGGGCGUUGAGUAUUCCCGGCGCGUUGGGAAGGAAGCGGGCGUGGCCAGUGUCGUGGCUAACCCGAGCGAUCUGGCAUCGGACUUGUAUGGCCAGCACGGCGCGGGGUUCAGGUUGUUUCUCAGGCUGAAUACCUACCCCGUAAUCAAUGGAUCGUACACGAUGCUCUAUGCUGGCCUCUCGCCUGAUAUCACGCUCGACAAGUCGGGAUGCUUCGUCAUCCCCUUCGGCCGCAUACGAUCUCCGCGCAACGACUUGAAGAUGGCGGCUAAGACGGAGGACGGAGGCGGAAACGGGACAGGUCCGCGGUUUUACGAGUGGUACGAGGCGCAGGUCAAGCCGUACAUCUAA